GAGGUGGAGGAGGAAAAGGAAGAGAAGGAGAAGGAGAGCCCAAAGACGAAGAAAGUGGAGAGGGGAGAGUGUUGGGGAUCAGAGUGGGGAGGAGAAGGUAGAAGGAACGAGGAGAAAAGACGGCUGUGGUAGGGGAAACGGCGAGAAUAGUAGAGUAGAGAAGCAGAGGCAGCGCGCUGAGCCACGAGGGGCUAUUCGAGCGAGAAGGGGAGGGGUGACAAGGAACCCUGGCGGGGAGGGGACGCGGAGGCCUUCGGGGGGCCGACCAACCAGACGGCCGAUGAUGUCAUCGGGGGAGGAGACCGAGUAUUUCGCCCCCUACGGAGCAACUACGGAAAGCAAGCAACAGCGACUCCAGAAGAAGCAGAAGCGCACCAGACAGCGCGUGGACGCCGGCGAGCCGCGCAACAACUACUCGAGUAUACCGCACUUCACCUCCCGGCCAUCCUUCCACGGCGGCGGUGGCCUGUACGGUUCUAUCUUCGGUGGCAGCGGACCAACGCACCAGCAGCAGCAACAACAACAACAACAACAACAACAACAAUCGCAGCAACAUCACCCGUCGCAAUCACAAUCGCAGCAACAACAACAACAACAACAACAGCUCCAGCAGCAACAAGCUGGAGCGGCAAGCAGUCAAGGUCAUUUAAGUACAGCUACGACGGGUCCUAGCACUCAGCAGCAUUCCGACGCGGCUUUUGGCUUCUUCGGGGCACCGGGUUACGGCCCCGCCAAGAUGUUGAACGAGCUACUCGGACGACAGGUCAAACAGGCCAGUGACGCCGGUGGCUCGCCGCCAGAGGGCGGCCACGGGAUGACCGGUGCCGGCAUGGACCCCGCUGCUAAUUUGCAAUCCGGUGCAGUGGUUAAUUGCGACGAUCCCGCCACCGCCGAGCUCACGCAGCACAUGCUCCGCGAUAUACUCCAAGGGCGGAAAAUUUCCGCGCUCGCGCUGCAAGAACAGCCGAACAACAAUAACAGUAUACACAGCAACAACAACAACAACACCACAGCGGAUCUACUUAAAUCACAGCAGCAACAUCAUCAAAGCCCUCAACAGCACAACAACAACAACAGUGAUAGUGCACGUAGUGGUGCAGUGCAGAGUGGUGGGGAGGAGAGUGGUGAUGGGAAUAACGUCGUGAAUAACGCGAGUCACAGUGAUCGUGAUACCGUGAUGCCGGGCGAUGCUGAGGAUAGUGCCGAGGACGCAGCCGCGGCCGCACGUGCCAUGGAGGAGGCGUUCGCCGAAGCUGGUAUGGAGCCUGGAGCGAAUCUCGAUGGAUCCGAUUGCGAGCAGAGUUUACCACCUAGUCCCACGCAGCCAAGGUCAGGGUCCGUCUCCGUCAAGGAGGAGAUACAGGACUCGUUGAAUAUCAAACGAAGCCCUAGCCACUCCCCUUGCCCGAUCGUGCCCAAAACGGAGGCCAACUCGCCGACCACGGCGAAACGCGCCCGUGUCGAGAAUAUCGUGAGCACGAUGCGUAGCAGUCCAGCCCUACAAACUGCCACGGUGAACGGUUGCAAGAAGCGUAAACUUUAUCAACCCCAGCAGCAGACGGUGCAUCACGUUCUCCAGCACAGCGUCAACGAUACCAUGAUGGACGACGAGGAGGAGAGCGAGGAGGAGGAUGAUCCGUCGACGAUCAGGCAGAAACGCGAGGAGAAGGAUAAUCUCCAGACCCAGCUGAAGAAAUUGCACGAACAAUUGGCAGUGAUGCAGCAAAAGUACAAUGAGCUUACGAGUAGAAUCGAUUCGGACGCGGGCGAAAGCAUCGGCGCUCCCCUAAGUCCUCAGCCACCGCUCAAACCACCGCAACCUCAUCCACCGCCGUACAACGGGCUCCCGGCCCUCCCCACCGAACACCCACACGCCGCGGCAGCCGCUAUGUAUCACAUGGGACAGAAACUCUACCUCGAACAGCAACAAGCCGCUCUGGAGAGGAUGAAGCAGCAUCAGGAGGCCGCUGUCAGGCAACAGCAGCAGCAGCAGCAACAGCAGCAGCAGCAGCAACAACAACAGCAGCAACAUCAACGGCAAAGUUCUCCGCCACCCCCUCCGAGUCAACCGCAGCAACAGAGUCAAAGCAAUACAGGCCCGUCCACGCCGCAAACACCACAAAUGCAGCCAGCGAGCACGCCUCUCCAGCACAAAGAAUUCCAGGAAAGGAUAAACGUGUUUAGAGGGGCGGCGGCAGCGGCUGGCACCUCGGGCCCCCAUAUCACCGACGAAGAUCUCCAGAGUCUGUCCGACACGCUGAAAGCGGAAAUCACCUCGUACUUGACGAAUCUGAUCGACAAGGUGGUGACGAGGUUCGUCCAGCAGAGGAGGUAUCUUGGUAAACAAAGCGAGGCGGCGCAAGUCGCUGCCGAGCAAUUGAACAAGGACCUCUUGUUGGCGAGCCAAAUACUCGAGAGAAAAUCGCCGAGGACGAAAGUAGUAGAUAGAGGAGCACCACAACCACCCGGUGGCCCAAACGGGCCACGGGGGCCCCACAAUGGCGGGCCCCCACCUCCACAGUCUACGGGUUUCCCGCAAAUCGCGUCCAUGGGUGGUGGACCCCAUGGUCCACAUUCUGGCCCCACGGAAAACAAUCUUAAUCAAAUGAAUCAACUGCCCUCGCACGUGAGGGGCAGGAUGUUCCAGACACCGAAACCGCCAACCAUGUACAGCAUGGCCUCCAUGCAGGCGCAACAACAACAGCAGCAACAGCAACAUCAACAGCAACGAGAACAUCAGCAGAGAGAGCAGCAGCAACGUGACCAAUACUGCAACUUGAGGGGCGACGAGAGAGAAAGCAGGGACUCGGAACAGAACGAGGCGCUUUCCCUCGUAAUGACACCGAAAAAGAAACGCCAUAAGGUGACGGACACGAGGCUGACGCCGAGGACGGUGUCGAGAAUCCUGGCGCAGGAAGGUGGUGGGUCGCAAGGAGGCAGCGAGAGUCCACCACCCCCGCCUCCACCGAGAUCGUAUCACCCGCCACCACCGAUGCUGCCAGUCUCCCUGCCAACGAGCGUAGCGAUACCAAACCCGAGUCUCCACGAAAGCCAAGUGUUCUCGCCGUACUCACCGUUCUUCAACCCUCACGCGGGUCAUCCAGGCCAGGUACCACCUCCUGGCCCACAUCACCUGCCUGCCAGUCCUCCGGGUGGAGGUGUAGAUGUCAGGGACUCCCCUCCACUGCCCCACAUGCCAUUGCAUCCUGCCUUAUUGGCGGCUGCCCAGCAUGGCAGUCCAGAUUAUGGACAUCUCAGGAUGGACAGCAACGAACGGCCCAACGACUGCAACUCCGACGACAUCAGCUACGACGGGAUUCAGCCUACAUCGUCGAUGCUAACACCGAUACAUCUGAGGAAGGCGAAGCUGAUGUUCUUCUGGGUCAGGUACCCGUCCUCGUCCAUUCUCAAGAUGUACUUCCCCGACAUCAGGUUCAAUAAGAACAACACAGCGCAGCUGGUCAAGUGGUUCUCCAACUUCCGGGAGUUCUACUACAUCCAAAUGGAGAAAUACGCGAGGCAAGCUGUUUCGGAAGGUGUGAAGAACGCAGAUGACCUACGAGUUGGAGGCGACUCGGAAAUCUAUCGAGUUCUCAACCUUCAUUACAACAGAAACAACCACAUUGAGGUGCCGAGCAACUUCAGGUACGUCGUCGAGCAAACGUUAAAAGAAUUUUUCAAGGCGAUCCAAGGUGGCAAGGACACCGAGCAGAGCUGGAAAAAGUCCAUCUACAAAGUGAUCUCGAGGCUGGACGACCCGGUGCCGGAGUACUUCAAGACCCCGAACUUCCUGCAGCAGCUCGGUUAAAUCAGGAGGUCGCGUGGCUCUUGCUCUUCGUGGUGCGCGGGCUCAUCAGCGCUCGUCGGCUCCCGGUAAUAACCAAGAAACC